CUACAGGAGCAGGGGAGUAGUUUCCAAGGAACUGAAAGCAUUUCAGACAAGACAGACGCCAUAGUUUCCAGGUUUGUGCAUCGUAGCGAAGAGCUUUACCCAGGUCGAAUAUCAUGACGUUGUUCUGUUCGUAACUUGCGAAUAUGGCAUUCCCAGCGUCAUCCUUGCUGAGGCUUUCUGCUAGCCUAAGCGAUCAGCAGCAAUGCCGAACUCCACCUUCCAGUCAGGGAAAUCGCCAGUAGUGAAACCACGACCUUUCUUUCCUCUUUCAGUCCUCUGAAAGACUCACGCGGAGGUGUAGCAAGCCCUAGGAAGGGGAUCCUCACCGCUGGUCGAAACGCACGGGAGGAAAUGAAGAGCGGAUCGGAGAAGGAGAACAGCAACGGCGGAGAAAACCGUGAGUGGAACAGAAACGCGUCAGCCGUAUCAGCGGCAUCAGCGGCAUCAGCGGCAUCAGCGGCUAUGGAUGAUCCAUUCAGCCGGAGUUCUGCUUCCAAGUAUGGAAACGGCGGAAGAACGAAGGAGACGAACGAGAAUCGAAGAAACUGCGUGAGCGACGGCGGGGACGGCUACGGGGAGAACGGACCGAAUCGGACUGAAAACUUUCGCGUUGGAGAAGGAAGCGGUGGAGCGAGAGAGGAUGGAGGGGUGCUCCUGGAGCUGAACGGAUCAGCGUACGCUCAGCCUCGGCAGGAAACCCUGCAGGAAACUCUAGGGAUUACCGGAGUAAGGAUCAAAGUCGGGGUUGAUCCUUGUACCAGACGCAACGUGGAUCAGUCCGCCUUAGACUCCAAGGUCGACGCAGAAAGAGCGAACCAGCAGAUGCAGUCUCUGCAGCCGACGGGUGGUAGUGUAACGGGUACGUGUGUCGGCGACGUGGAGGAAACCGUCGCAGAAGUCGCACGAGUCGUCGCAGGCGACGGUGACGGCAUCGCCGAGAUCCCGGCGACGCCACAGCCGCACAGGCCGGCAAAUCUGACCCCGCUGAUCCUAUACGAAGACUCGCCGUCGCUUGCCUUCAGCAUCUCCCCAUCUCCUUCCCUCUCCCCUUCCCCUUCCUCCUCCCCUAUGCCUCCGCUUCCCCCUUUAGCACCUCCUCCCCCUCUCGACACAUUAGUUCCUACAAGUCCCGGAGAUCCCUCGCAACUUAAAGCUCUCCCUCUGAACCGGACCGCGUCCUCGACGUUACCCCCAGAUCCCGCUCCGGCCGGUCUUCAGCCGCCGCAUCCGCCGCCGGAAAGCCCGCAGCCAAUGACGGCUUCCCGUGACGAUUUUCCUGGCGACGCGAACGCAGCAUCCUGCGAAGCUUCUCAAGUGGCUCCCCCGGAAAAUCAUCAGGUGCCUUGUCAGGUGCCUUUUCAGGAGCCCUCGCACGCGCUCAUCAGCAGUCACGUGACACCAUCUCUCCCCGCCCCUCAGAUUAUCAGCGGCCCGGCAGACAAGCCCCAUGAACGCGCGGACCCCGCGAAUCUCGCGGGCACCGCAAAUCCCGCUGCCUCCGCACCUGCGAAUCCAGCGGCGAAUUCCGCAGCGAAUGCGUAUCCAGCGGAGAAUCCAGCGGAGAAUGCCGCAGCACCUGCGAAUGCAAACUCAGCGGCGAAUCCAGCGCGCCCACGACUCGUGCGUUCCGCCUCCUCCGACUCCUUCCGCCUACCCGCCCCACUCGCCGAGGGGCCUCAAAAGCCGUCCCGUGCUACCCCCGGCACCCCCUCGGGUUCCAGCGCCGCUUCGCGCCUCUCGCCAGGCCUCGGCUUUAGGUUCUUCUCCAGAGGCCAUGCCAACGCCUCUCCCUUGCGUUUCCGCAGCCGCAACACCAGCGGCGGCGGCGGCGGCGGCGGUGACGUGAAAUUCACUGUUGCAGGGGGUGACUAUGGCGGGAUCGGUGGCGAGAGGAACGGGCUGGAGGUUCGCGGAAUGGUGUCUCCAAGGUGGAAUAGAAGGCACGAUGGUGCUGGUGCUGGUGCUGGUGCUGGUGCUGGUGGUGGCGAGAGUCGUGCGGCGGAGCAGAUGGAUCGCAACGGCACUGCUGCUUCUGCUGCUCCUGUGCCUGCGCCUGCUGCUGGUGCUGGUGCUGCUGGUGCUGCUCCUCCUGCUGCAGCGCAUGCCGAACCUCACCGGCCGAGGCUUGGGCUCGCCAAGGCUCCGGUCGUGGCUCGGGUCGCCUGAACUGCCAAUGCUCCCGCUGCGGCGCGGCCUUGGCGUGAGGUGGCACCGAACCUGCUCUGCUUCGGUAGCUACGUCUGUCACUACUGGGCGCGACACAUAUGAUCCCAGCGCUGCUUUUGACAACAGUGAUGUUCCCCCGUAC